AUGGGUCUCAAUUUGGAGGAACUCUACGGAAAUGAUCUAAGCCAAGAGGCCCCGCAGGAGUAUUCGGAGUAUCAGCCCAAGCAAGGUUAUGGCUGGGCGAAUGCUCUGCCCGAGCGGCAGGGUCUGUAUGACCCCGAAUAUGAAAAAGAGCGCGUGCGCCACAUCAAGGGUAAGGCAAGCCACAAAAUUGUUAGUGAUGCUCGUAACCUGCUGUGCAACAUGACCCACCGUGGAGCCGUUGGGUCCGAUGCACGAGAUGGCGACGGAGCCGGUGUGAUGACAAGUAUCCCUCAUAAGUUCUUUGUCAAGAAUUUCGCUCGUGAAGUGGGCGUCGAAUUGCCGCCGUUAGGCCAGUAUGCUGUCGGCAAUCUUUUCUUCAAACCCGACGAUGAGACUCUUAAGGAAUCAAUCAAGAGUUUUGAGGAAUUGGCCGUUUCUCUGGGACUUCGUGUUCUCGGAUGGCGUGAAGUGCCUGGAGACUCGACUAUUUUGGGUCCCGCAGCCCGCUCACGAGAGCCCAUUAUUAUGCAGCCGUUUGUGGUGUUGAAAUCUGCGUAUGGUGACGGCACUAAGCCAGAGAUCACCGACACUGACAAGUUUGACGAGCGUACUUUUGAGUUGCAACUGUACGUGCUGCGAAAACGUGCCUCUCAUGUUAUCGGCCUGGGCAACUGGUUUUACCUGUGCUCCCUAAGCAACCGGAACAUCGUCUACAAGGGUCAACUAUCCCCUGUGCAAGUCUAUCAAUACUACCAUGAUUUGGUAAACGUGGACUACGAGGGCCACUUCGCUCUGGUGCACUCUCGAUUUUCCACAAACACAUUCCCUUCAUGGGAUCGUGCUCAGCCUUUACGAUGGGCUGCUCACAACGGUGAAAUUAACACACUUCGAGGAAAUAAGAACUGGAUGCGCGCUCGCGAGGGUCUCCUCCGCUCCGAUGUUUUCGGCGAUGAGCUGGAUAUGCUCUACCCAAUUGUCGAGGAUGGUGGCUCCGACUCGGCGGCUUUCGAUAACGUUCUAGAGCUACUUAUGAUUAAUGGCGUUCUGUCUCUCCCCGAGGCUGUUAUGCUCAUGAUUCCCGAGGCCUGGCAAGACAAUCCGGCCAUGGACCCGGCUAAGUCCGCCUUCUACGAGUGGGCUGCUUGCCAGAUGGAACCCUGGGACGGCCCUGCUCUUUUCACCUUCUCUGAUGGCCGUUACUGUGGUGCUAACCUUGAUCGUAAUGGUUUGCGCCCUUGUCGUUUCUAUGUCAUGGACGAUGACCGCAUCGUUUGUGCCUCGGAAGUUGGUGCCAUUGAUAUUGACCCCGAGCGCGUUGUGCAAAAAGGUCGUCUCCAGCCCGGAAAGAUGCUACUGGUUGAUACUCUAGCUGGGCGCAUCAUUGACGACACUGAAUUGAAGCAGACUGUGUCCAAGCGUCAAGACUUCGCCAGCUGGCUGGACAAGGAGCUCUUGAAAUUGCCUGCCAUCAACAAGCUGCUAGUGGAGAAGAACUUGGAUCUUUCAGCCUCGAUAGAUGAAACACCCGUGCAGCAAGACCCGCGCCUCAAAGCAUUUGGUUAUUCGUUCGAGCAAGUCAGUCUGCUUCUGGGUCCCAUGGGUGCUGACUCCAAGGAAGCUCUUGGUUCCAUGGGUAACGAUGCUCCAUUGGCUUGCAUCGCUCAGCAGCCUCGUCUGCUCUACGAAUACUUCCGCCAGCUGUUUGCUCAGGUCACCAAUCCCCCCAUUGAUCCCAUCCGCGAGGCUGUCGUGAUGUCUCUAGAAUGCUAUGUUGGCCCUCAAGGAAACCUCUUGGAAAUGGAUGCCUCCCAGUGCCACCGUCUCAUGUUGCCAUCCCCGAUCCUCACGAUCCCCGAAUUCAACGCCUUAAAGAACAUUAACAGUGCCCACUCUAACUGGACGGUUCGCACCAUUGAUAUCACAUUUGACAAGAAGAAGGGCACACCGGGAUACAUCCAGGCCCUUGAUGCCAUCUGUGAUGCUACCACUGAAGCUAUCAAUAAUGGCGACAAGAUCAUUGUCCUUUCUGACCGCGCUACUAGUGCUGACCGUGUUCCCGUGUCUGCUUUGCUCGCAACUGGUCUGGUCCACCACCACCUGGUCCGCAACAAGUGGCGUUCACUUGCUGCUUUGGUGGUGGAAACUGCUGAGGCUCGUGAGGUACACCACCACUGUGUUCUCCUUGGAUACGGUGCCGAUGCUAUCAACCCUUACCUCGCCAUGGAGUGUCUUUUGAAGAUGAACCGGGAGAAGUUGAUCCGCAAGGAAAUUUCCGAUGAGAAGGUCAUCGAGAACUACAAGGCUUCUUGUGAUGGUGGUAUUCUUAAGGUCAUGAGUAAGAUGGGUAUCUCGACUCUUUCAUCCUACAAGGGUGCUCAAAUCUUCGAGGCCCUCGGUAUUGAUGACAGCGUUAUUGACCGCUGUUUCGCGGGCACCGCCAGCCGCAUUCGUGGUAUCACUUUUGACUUGAUCGCCCAGGAUGCCUUUGCCUUCCAUGAGCGUGGAUUCCCCUCGCGUAACAUCGUCGAGAUUCCAGGCCUCGCCGAGACGGGCGAAUAUCACUGGCGUGACGGUGGCGAAGCCCACAUCAACGACCCAACUAGCAUCGCCAACAUUCAGGAUGCUGUUCGAACCAAGAACGACAAAUCCUAUGAAGCGUACGCGAAGGCUGAGCACGAGCAGAUCAAGAACUGCACCUUGCGGGGCAUGCUCGACUUCGACUUCGAACAGCGGACUCCCAUUCCCGUCGAUCAAGUCGAACCCUGGACCGAAAUUGUCCGCCGCUUCGUCACCGGUGCCAUGUCCUAUGGAUCUAUUUCCAUGGAGUCUCACUCUACUCUCGCCAUCGCCAUGAACCGACUUGGUGGCAAGUCCAACACCGGUGAAGGUGGUGAGGAUGCCGAGCGUAGCAAGAGAAUGGAGAACGGCGACACUAUGCGUUCAGCCAUUAAACAGAUUGCCUCUGGUCGUUUCGGUGUGACUUCCAACUACUUGGCCGAUGCCGACGAGCUCCAGAUCAAGAUGGCCCAGGGAGCCAAGCCUGGUGAAGGUGGUGAGCUGCCUGGUCACAAGGUGGUGGGCUCCAUUGCCCGUACCCGUCACUCCACACCGGGCGUCGGUUUGAUCUCUCCACCCCCUCACCAUGAUAUUUAUUCCAUUGAGGAUCUGAAGCAACUCAUCUACGAUCUCAAGUGCUCCAAUCCCCGCGCUCGUGUUUCUGUCAAACUUGUCUCGGAAGUUGGUGUUGGUAUCGUUGCUUCUGGUGUCGCGAAGGCGAAAGCCGACCACAUUUUGAUUUCCGGUCACGAUGGUGGUACUGGUGCCUCUCGCUGGACUGGUAUCAAGUAUGCCGGUCUUCCUUGGGAGCUUGGUCUUGCCGAGACCCACCAGACCCUUGUUCUCAACGAUCUUCGCGGUCGUGUUGUUGUCCAGACCGAUGGUCAAAUUCGUACUGGACGCGAUCUCGCCAUGGCUUGUCUGCUUGGUGCCGAAGAAUUUGGCUUCGCAACAACCCCUCUGAUCGCAAUGGGCUGCAUCAUGAUGAGAAAGUGUCACUUGAACACUUGCCCCGUCGGUAUCGCUACUCAGGACCCUGAGCUGCGCAAGAAAUUCAAGGGCACUCCAGAACACGUUAUCAACUUCUUCUACUACGUUGCCAACGAGAUGCGUGCAAUUAUGGCUAAGUUGGGUGUUCGCACUGUCAAUGAGAUGGUCGGUCGUGCCGAGCUUCUCAAGGUCCGUGAUGACAUUCGCAGCCAGAAGCAGGAGCGUGUGGAUCUUUCCCUCAUCUUGACUCCUGCUCACUCGCUCCGCCCUGGCGUUGCCACUUAUAAUGUCCGCAAGCAGGACCACCGCCUGCACACUCGCCUCGACAACAAGCUGAUUGCCGAGUCCGAGCUUGCUCUUGAGAAGGGUCUUCCGUGCCGCAUUGAGUGUGAUAUUGUCAACACUGAUCGUGCUCUUGGUGCUACUCUUUCUUACCAGAUCAGCCGCCGUUACGGCGAGGCUGGUCUGCCCCAGGACACCAUCCACGCCAACAUCAAGGGAUCUGCUGGCCAAUCUUUUGGUGCCUACCUGGCCCCUGGUGUCACCCUCGAGCUUGAGGGUGAUGCUAAUGACUACGUUGGGAAGGGUCUGUCUGGUGGCCGCCUCAUUGUUUACCCUCCUCGCGGUGCUGCUUUCAAGGCUGAGGAGAACGUUAUCGUCGGUAACACUUGUUUGUAUGGUGCCACUCAGGGUACUUGCUACUUCCGUGGUAUCGCUGCCGAGCGUUUCGCGGUCCGCAACUCCGGUGCUACUGCCGUUGUCGAAGGUGUCGGUGACCACGGUUGUGAGUACAUGACUGGCGGUCGUGUGCUCAUUCUGGGAUCUACUGGCCGUAACUUCGCUGCUGGUAUGUGCGGUGGUAUUGCCUAUAUCCUUGACGUGAACAAUGAUUUCCACUCUAAGGUAAACUUGGAAAUGGUUGAAGUCUCCGGUAUUGAGGAUCCAGCCGAGAUUGCCUUUGUCCGUGGCUUGAUUGAGGAUCAUCAUCACUACACCGGCUCUGAGUUGGCUGCUCGUAUCCUUCUCGAGUUCAACCGCGCCCUGCCUCACUUUGUCAAGGUGCUGCCCACUGACUACAAGCGUGUGAUGGAGGAGGAGAAGGCUAAGGCUGAGGCUGCUAAGAAGGCCGAGUUUGCUCUGCCUCAACUCCCCAGCACCCCCGCCAAGGCCGAGAAGCCCAAGGCGCACGCCGAUGAGAAGAAGGCUGAUAUGUUGGACAUUGAGGAUAGCAUCAGUGACUCAAAGGCGGAGAAGAAGCGCUCUGCACUAAUUCUUGAUAAGACUCGUGGCUUCAUGAAGUACAGUCGCCGCAGUGAGAAGUACCGCAACGCGACUACUCGUACUCGUGACUGGGCCGAGUUGUCCAACCGUCUCAGUGAGGAUGAGCUUAAGUACCAAUCGGCUCGUUGCAUGGACUGUGGUGUUCCUUUCUGUCAGUCUGACACUGGUUGCCCUAUCUCCAAUAUCAUUCCUAAAUGGAACGAAUUGGUGUUCCAGAACCAGUGGCAGGAUGCUCUCAACCGUCUUCUUAUGACCAACAACUUCCCGGAGUUCACUGGUCGCGUCUGCCCUGCUCCUUGUGAAGGUGCCUGUGUCCUGGGCAUUAACGAGGAUCCGGUCGGUAUCAAGUCUAUCGAGUGUGCCAUCAUUGAUCGCGGUUUCGAGAUGGGCUGGAUGGUUCCUCGUCCACCCCAGGUCCGUACCGGGAAGACUAUCUCCAUCAUUGGGUCUGGACCUGCUGGUUUGGCUGCGGCUGAUCAGCUCAACCGUGCCGGCCACUCUGUAACUGUUUACGAGCGUGCUGAUCGUAUUGGUGGUCUGCUCAUGUACGGUAUCCCCAACAUGAAGCUUGAUAAGAAGGUCGUCCAGCGCCGGGUGGAUCUCAUGGCUGCUGAAGGCGUCAAGUUCGUUACUGGGACUGCCGUUGGCCCUGACAACGAAGUGUCUCUGAAAUCCCUCCAGGCUUCGAGCGAUGCGGUGAUCAUCUCUACUGGCGCCACUGUCGCCCGUGACCUCAAGGUUGCUGGACGUGAGCUAGAUGGUGUUCACUUUGCGAUGCAGUUCCUGCACAAGAACACCAAGUCUCUUCUGGAUUCUGGUCUCUCUGAUGGCGAGUACAUCUCUGCCAAAGACAAGCACGUUGUGGUCAUUGGUGGUGGUGACACCGGUAAUGACUGUAUCGGUACCUCCGUUCGUCACGGUGCCAAGUCGGUCACCAACUUCGAGCUCUUGCCCCAGCCUCCUCCAGAGCGUGCCGAUGACAACCCUUGGCCUCAGUGGCCCCGUAUUUACCGUGUCGACUAUGGUCACACCGAAGUCAAGACUCACAUGGGCAAGGACCCUCGUGAGUACUGUGUCAUGUCCACUGAGUUUGUUGACGACGGUAGUGGACGCGUGCGGGGUAUCAACACUGUCCGUGUUGAGUGGACCAAGAGUGCCACUGGUGGUUGGGAUAUGAAGACCGUAGAGGGUAGCGAACAGUUCUUCCCUGCUGACCUGGUCCUUCUGUCCAUGGGAUUCUUGGGUCCUGAAGACCGUCUGCUCGGCGACGAGAUCGAGCGUGAUGCUCGCAAGAACGUCAAAACUCCUCCUGGGCACUAUUCGACCAACAUUCCUGGAGUUUUCGCUGCCGGUGAUUGCCGACGCGGCCAGUCCUUAAUUGUUUGGGGUAUCAAUGAAGGUCGCCAGUGUGCACGUGAAGUCGACUCCUUCCUCAGCGGCGUCAGCUCUCAGCUUCCAGUCACUGGAGGUAUCGUCCGUCGCCCUGCGAUCGACUCGGUUCCCCAGACUGCCGAGACUUCCGUUGCUGCCUAA